AUGCUCAGGAGGCUGACUUCAUUCACACCCUACGUGGUCCCAGUCCCCUGGCCAGUGCUGUUUUAUGGGUGGGCAGAUUGCCUGGUUCCGGCCAAUGAGCUAAGGGAAGUUCUACUGAAGGCGUUCUGGAGACACAAAGAAUCAAUGGCCUCUCCUUCCUUUGAAAGUCUCCAUAAAAUGGAUCACAUGUCUCCCAGGUUGAGAGCUUUCCUCUCUGAACCCAUUGGAGAAAAGGAUGUUGGCUGGGUAGAUGGGAUCAGCCACGAACUUGCAAUCAAUUUGGUCGCCAAAGGUUUCAACAAGGCCUACACCCUGCUGGGACAGUUCCUUCUGAUGCACAAGAAUGAAGCUGAAUUUCAGAGGUGGCUUAUUUGUUGUUGUGGCGCCACAGAGUGUGAGGCCCAGGAGAGUUCUAACUGCCUGAAGGAGUGGUGCUCCUGCUUCCUAUAA